AUGGCCAUUUUCCCAUCUUUCUCCUUCUCCUGCACUCCACAAAGUAUAUUGCAUUCUGAACAUAAGUCACGCACAUUAUCCUCAACAACAUCAUUGUUGUCACCCCAAGUUGGACGGAAAUCCCUCUGUCGCCCUCUGAGGUACAAUGACGUUUCUCCAAUUGGCAUGAAUUCCAAAAGAAAUAAUGUUGGUGUAUCAGUUAAGGCAUCAAUGGACAACAAGAAUGUGGAGGUGUUGACUAAGGAGCACCUUGCUGUGUCUUUGGCCAAAUAUGUCUCUGAUUUAUCCAUCAAAUUUAUCAGAGAGAGGGGGUUCUUCACUACUGUUUUCUCUGGCGGGUCUGUUAAGAAGUUGGUGGAACCUCCAUAUCUUAACUCUAUAGAGUGGUCAAAGUGGCAUGUAUUUUGGGCGGAUGAAAUAGUAGUACCUAAAACUCACCUAGAUAGUAACUACGGGCUUGCUUAUGAUUGUUUUAUCUCCAAGGUUCCAAUUCCUCCUUUGAAUGUUAACAGCAUUGAUGAUGCCUUAUCAGUGGAAGGAGCAGCUGAUGUUUAUGAAACAACUAUGAGACGAUUGGUUGCUAGUAAUGUGAUAGCUUCAUCAUCAGCCACUAAAUUUCCAAAAUUUGAUCUCAUGUUGCUGGAUAUGGGACCAGAUGGGCAUGUAGCUUCUCUGUUCCCUGGACACCCUGUCUUAAAUGAGACUAAAAAAUGGGUUGCCUUUAUCAAAAAUGCCCCACAACCGCCACCAGAGAGAAUCACUUUCACAUAUCCUGUGAUUAAUUCUUCUUCAAAUAUAGCAAUGGUGGUAACUGGAGCUGGUAAAGCAGAUGCAGUCUAUACAGCACUGGAGAAAGUUCAGAGUUAUGAUAAGCUACCCGUUCAAUUGGUUUCACCCGAAGGAGAGUUGAAAUGGUUCCUAGAUGUUGCUGUACAUAGUAUAGAAGUCCCACAUUGA